AUGACCCCUAAUAAGUGGAUGACUAAACUCUAUCAAGCGUUCACUAAAUACAGACUCACUAUUUACAUGUUUGGUGAUACAAAUCAAUGUGAUCCAGUAGAACCAACUGAUAUGUUUUAUGAUUAUUUCACAUUCAUUCCAAUCUCAGAGAUGUGCCCGCGACGGGUUGAAAUGAAGUAUAUAGAAGAAUAUGCUCGAUACGACCCACAAACACGGGAUCUGUUAACCAAGUUUCUCAUGAGUGGUACUAUCAAACACCAAUUUCAACCACCAAAAGAUAGUUACCAUAAUAUAUGCUAUCUGAAUAAAACAAGGCGGCAUGUCACGCAAGAAUGCUGCGAUAGAUUUACUGAAAAUGAAGAAUAUUAUGAGAUCGAUUUCAAGUAUCAAGGACACCGGGAAAAGUAUAAAGUAACAACCGGAAUGCCAAUGUUGGUGACACAAAAUAUGCGCAAUAAAGAUAUGUUUAAUAUGGAGCAGUACAACAUUGAAAAUAUUGAGGAAAAUGAAGACGGUAAUCUCAAUUUUAUUCUUAAU